AUGAAAUAUGAUGAAGUUAUGAGAGAUCAGCUAAGUAAAGGUGUUAUAGAGAAAGUUGAAAAAUCACCAGUAGAUUCUGAAAACACAAGUGAAGCAAUACAGCUAUAUACAAAAUCAAAGGCAAUGUUUGCAGAUGCCUCGAUGAAUUUACGGGAAUGGAUUACCAAUAGUGAAUUUGUAAAUGAAUUCAUUCCAAAGGAAGACAGAGCCGAUACGAAAAGUGUUAAAGUACUUGGACAUUACUGGAAUGUCAAUGAAGAUACAGUUACAAUAGCAGAGGAAAAUACAACUGAUGUCAAUGUAAUCUUUGCAAAAACAAGACUUGCGCCUAUUAAGAAAUUAACAAUUCCGAGGUUGGAGCUUCUAGCAGUUCUGAUCGGACUGAGGUGCUUAAAAUUUGUUAAAGAGCAAUUAAGAGUGCCUAUUGAAAAGCAAUAUUUAUGGACAGAAUCGAAAUGUGUUUUACAAUGGGUUACGUCAGAUAAGAAAUUACCGUUAUUUGUUAAGAACAGAGUCAGUAAAAACAAAGAGCACAUUGAUGUAAACAUGACAUACAUACCAACUAGAGAAAAUCCAGCAGAUGUUGCAUCCCGAGGGACAACAUUGGAAAAAUUAGCAACUGACUCUAAUUGGUGGCACGGUCCUCAGUGGUUGUUGAAGCCUACUUCUAAUUGGCCAACCGAUUAUCAAAAUAAAUGA